AUGUCUUCUAUCCACCAAAAAUUUCAAGAAAUCAAUCUCGGAGCGGAUGAUGCACCAAUUGCUCUCCCUCAGGCGAUGUGUAUUCAGGCGGCUGAGGCGAAUCGCUAUGUGAUAAUUGGGGUUCUGGUUAAUCCGCGUAAACACAAUAUGCGAGCCCUAAUUAAUCAGAUGCCCCGACUUUGGGGUUUGGGAUCUCAAGUGGUUAGGCGUGUUAUCUCUCCGUCAACUUUUCAGUUUGUAUUCAAGUCCGAAGAGGCGGUUCAGAUGGUUCUCCAGCGUGGGCCUUGGUCCUUCAGCGAGUGGAUGCUGGUUACUCGGCGUUGGUUCCCCAACAUCUCUGACGAGGAAUUAAAAACAAUCACUUUCUGGAUCCAGAUUAGAGGGAUUCCGGCACAAUUCCUCAAUCGCGAGACGGUUGACUUCAUUGGAGAUAAAAUCGGGCAGAUGGUUGAUACAGAUUUCAAUGAAGAUGUCAAUCUCACAGACUGUGUUUGA